ACUUCCGGGUUUGGCAGAGUGAAAAUUUGGACGAUUUACUCUUCAAUUUUCUCAAAAUUUAGCGUCUAUUCAUUGGAUUUUGGAAAGUUAAAGCAUACAAGGACAGAUGUGCUAAUUGCUAUUAAGGCUUCCCUUAUAGUUUAGACGAAUGGCGGAAGACAAAAAGGGUUCAAAGGUCACCCUCCCUCCCCUGAAGAAGAAGGGAGACGAUGACGGGCCGAAGGAGAAGUUCGUGGCGAAAAACUGGCGCCAGCUGUCCCCGCGGACACUCAACAAGAUGGCGCCACAGGAGAAAAGCAAAUACCUCGCUUAUGAGGAAGCCCCAAAGCCCGUACAGGAGGCACAGGCGUCUACGCUGAAGAGAGUCCGCGACCUUCGCAAGGCACAUAGAAGAGCAAACCCACCCAUGUCUAUGGAUGAGUUUGUGGAGAAGGAAAAACACAGCAAGCUCAUAGGACAACUGAAAGCUGCAGAGGCCAGGAACAGACUUCGAGUAAUGCGGCUAAGAUAUCAGAGUAACAGGGCCCAGGAAGUGAAACACCUGAUAGCCUGCCAGCCACACUCACUCAAGGCCCUGAGACUAGAGGCACUUGUACCCCCUUACCUGGACAACUCCAGUCCUGGGGACAAACUGGACAGGAUGCAGAGAGCGCGAGUAGAGGGAAUCCUGGAAGAUGAAAAAGGGCUGACAACAGUGAGAUAUCUGGACUACUGACCAGUGGUGGCAGGGAUGGUAGUGACAUCCCAGCCUC